CCCUCUUGCGCAGCUAGAAACAUGCUGUUUUUAUGCUGUUUUGUGCCUUUUUGCAAAAUCGCAGAAUCGCAAAUUCGAUUGAUGGCGGUGUUGCCUACAACAGCCUGCCGUACACCCCACUUCCUCAUCGCUCUCCUCUACGGUCUCCUCUACGGUCUCCUCUCUGACAAAAAGACUCUGGCCAAUUUUCCUAUGGCAAUAUGGCUGCAGAUCACAAAAACUACAUCCGUGAUCUUUCAGAAUAUUUGACGGCUGGUAAUCUGUCAGACCUCACCGUCACCUUUGGUGAGAAGCGAUGGCAGAUCCACAAAGCUCUCGCAUGCUGCCAUUCCAAAUGGUUCCAUAAGGCCCUCACUGCUGGCUUCAAAGAGACGAUCAGCGGAGAAAUCAACUUGCACGAUGAUCCCGAAUUCGCUAAUGCACUUGACUGCAUGGUGUCGUACUUCUACAACGCGGGCUACCAUGCGUCUAAAUACGACACUUCGGCGUCCUUGCUUCAUGCACAAGUUGCUGUUAUUGCCGACAAGUACGACUGUCCGACACUCUAUAAGCUAGCCAAAACUUCAUUCGCAAAGUCCAUGAUUGCGAUGCAGAGCGACGACUGGGUCACCAUUGCUGCCUUCAUCUACGACUAUACGACAACCGAAGUACCAACCCAUGUGGAAUUGCGCAAACUGGUAGUCGCAGCCACCACAGACGGGUCCAUUGUUUCAACGUCAAUGCUUCAAGAUAAGGGCGUGGUAGAACUGCUUCGUUCAAAUGCGGAUUUGGCGACCGAUCUCCUGCUAAUGCGAAAAUCUAUACUGGCAACCAGCACAUUUUCAGUUGUAACCGUUGUCAUUAUGUGCACGUUGGAUCUCAAGAUUGCUCUAAUCUGGGGCAAUUCGGUUUCGGCCUGCAGGGCAGAUAUUGCCGGCAGUGCGAGAUCGGAAUCGCAACAACGUCCACACAAAACACACUUCAAAUCAAGCUUUCGCGGGCUUUCCGUUGUCCCCAGUGCGAGGGUAUUCACACCAUCAAGCCUAAGCCGCCGGUUAGUUCUUGAUUGGCGACCGGAGUCAGCCAAGCAGCAUCUUCAGCGCACAGGUCUACAUACAUGGAUACGGUCUCACCCAGCAUUUCUUUUGUCAAUUGCAUUAUCACGUAAACUAUGCACUGCCUAGCGGAGUAUAGUACCAGCGAACGGGAGGCAGUGCUAUACAUUACCAUAUAGCUCUUAAAGAGCACAUACAAGCCGCGUGGAAGUGAUACGCCAAAAGUUCCCGCUGCAUUGUAAUGACAGCACAGUU